AUGAGUGAACACUUUGAUGAAGUCGAGCGCCUGGUCCUGCAUUUUGUCGCGGCCAAGCGCUCUCUAUCUUCAACCGCCUCGGUCUCGCGAGCGCAUCAUGUCGUAACAACGGCCAGACGUCUGGUCGAGGAGACGGCUGUGCUGUCAGCCAAGAAUGCCUUUGUUAGGCAAGGAGUGCUGGAAGAAGCGAACGUCUUGGUUGCCGUAAGAGAUGGUCUGGAUACCGUCGGCCGCGAGACCGAUGUCGAUUUCAAGGCAGUGAUACACCAGCUCGAUCUCGCCGACAACCGCCUCCAAGCCACCCUGGUACAGCUGACCAACACCCAAGUAGACACUUCGGAACUGCACUCGAUAGGUACCAACCUCAACAAACAGAAAACACUACAUGACUUUAUCGACGAAGACACACAUCUCAACCUCAUCGAAUCACUUCGCAGCACCAUCGACUCGCACAAAGCAGCAGAAAAUGACUUCCAACGCUCCCAAGACUCCUUCGACGAUCAGAUCCGUACACUCGACCUUGCUAUAGAAGAUGCCGACCAGGCCACCGAGAACCAGGAUGACACAUCUCUCAUACCACCCUUAUUCCAUGCCCUUACAACACAUGCUACCGAGAUGGCUUCAUUGCUAAGCUCAUUGGUCGCACAUUACGAUCUUUGCACCUCAGCUCUUAAACACACAGAGGGAGGAGGUGAAGCUGCUCGUCAAGCCGACUCGUCCUCGGCCUCCGAAGCUCCGGAAGACAGUCUGUACAAGAACCUACCUCUAGGUCCCCUAAACGAACAUGAACGUCAGGAAAUGCUUGCCGUUGUGGAUAACGAUGCUCAAGAGGUUGAGGAUGUCAUGCUUGAGAUAGGCGAACGUCUUUCGGAAAUGGAGACAACACUCGAUCAACUGCAAGCAUACUCACAAGCCAUCCGCCUACGCCAUAAACUCCUCAAUCGUGUGCUAGAUCUUCUCCGCACGCUUGGAGGUGGUCUCCCCAUCUUCAUCGCAGCUGCAAAGUUAUACAGUAACAACUGGAACACACUGAAGGAGACUCUGCUCGCCAAAGCGGAAGAUCUGGCUUCGUUGACUGACUUCUAUGAAUCCUUCGUUACAUCCUACGCCUCAUUGCUCGAAGAGGUCGUUCGUCGACAUGCUGUCGAGGCUCGGAUGCAGCGUGUUGCCGAUAAGGCUCGUCGUGAGAUUGCGGCCCUCUAUAAAGAGGAUGUUGCCAUGCGCGAAGACUUUGUCCGUGAGAUGGGGGAGUUUUUGCCUCGUGACAUCUGGCCCGGUUUGACCGAUGCCCCAAGGCGCUGGGAAAUUACAGCUGUAGAGCCCGAGAUACAGCGAGAGCCGCUUCAAGAUGGCGGAUAG